AUGAGUGGAGGUGGAGGGAACACAUUAAAGUUAGAUAUAGACAGAAAAUGUGGAAAGAGCGGAUCAUGUAACUGUAAAGAGAGACCAAAUGGCAUAGAAGCCAAACGAGAUGUUAGCCCCGAAUCUGUCAGGGGUUUUGUUGCCCUUACCCAUUCAAACAAGGGAAUACCAUUUACUCUCAAGGGAACAUUGCAUGGAGGUGAAGAACUAAGUACUAGAUAUGACAUCUCUGGUGUCACAAAAGUCUCUGUCUAUUACUGGGAAAAGGAUGAAACCUAUGAUAAACCACUCCUCCUGGAGAUUGUUAAAAACACUAAACCAAAUGCACCAGAGUACUACUAUAAAUAUGACCAUAGUGAAGUAAGAAAUUCACAUUUUUGGUCGCAUCAGAGACAUUCAAUAUCACUGCAGGUUAUGCUUGAUGAUAGAAACUGUGGUAGAAAUCAUGCUGUUCCACUUAACAUAAAAGAUCCUGAAGCUGGUACACUUCCCAGCGAUGUUAACUCUACUUGUCUAAAGACUAAAAGAAAGAUAUCACUUGAUGGUGGAAGCAUUCAGUUCACUAGAAGCGAAUAUGCGAUUAAAACGUACAGUGUUAGAGGGAGAGGCACUAAGAUCUCCAGAGUAACUUAUGGUGGAAAUGGUACUGACAUAGAUCCUCCUAAAGGUCCAGUUUCCAAUGUUAGAGCAUACUCUUACUCAGGCUUUGGCGGUGACAGUGACAUAUCUCUCAUGCUCCAGUUUAUACAAAAGGAUGGAAAAUCCAUGUGGUUUGAGAGUACUGAUAAAAAUAGUACUAGCUGGAACAAAACUGAUGAUGCUGGGUUCUAUGCUGGGAUACAACCUACUGAGGCACUUUCCAAUAAGCUCGAUGGGAUAGCAUGUUCCAUUGGUAUUGGUGUUACCAUUGACCUAACUCGUGGUGGAAAACUUGCUGGUAUUAAGUAUUAUGAGAGUGAUCAGUUGAGCGGUAGGAGGGUUAUAAAACUGGAGGAACAACCAUUUCCAAUAUCUGACGUAAGAAGCGUAUCUGCAUUAUACUGUGGAGAAGUUCCAAAACUGAUCUACGUUCAAGGUGGAGACCCUUCGGUUAAUAAGUGGUUCAGACAAGGCAGUACAGAUUGGUGGGCAAAGGUAGAAGAUCUCGGAGACACAAUGCCAGAUAACAUUAAAAGCUGUACUGAGGAAAUUUUUAGCAAACUUGUGAGUGCACUAAAGAGUACAGGUGGAUGUAUAAGCUUGCCAGAAUGUAAAGAGCCAGUUACAUCCUCAUCUCCAGAACCAGCUGUUUGUAGCCAAGAUAGUGGAUAUAAAGAUGGUCAAGAAAAAUGUGUUGUUGGUUGUGCUAAAGCCCCUGAUGGAGACCUUGGCGAACAACCUAUCUCUAAUCCAGAACAUCUUGGACAGAAUGGAGUUCAACGUGAGGAAGUUCCAGUUGCUGACUUAUCUGACCAGGUUCCUGAUACAGAGUCUGAGACCAAGAUUCUUCUAGAGGGAACUCCUGUGGUUCAAAUGGCUGUAGAUGCUAUAGAUGAUGAAAGACAAGUUUCUGUUGGUAAUGUUAGUUUAUCUACUGGAAAUGAGUCUCAAGAUGUUAAAUUCAAACUUCCUGGUGGUGAGCUUGGACUAUUAAAUAUUACUCCUGAUGGUCAACCUUUUGCUCUUCUAUCUGCUCAAGCUAAUGAUCUUGGACCUAAUGGAAAUAAUAGCGAAGGUGAAGCCCAAGUUGAAGAAAAGGGACUCAAAAAGGGAAAGAUAGCAAAGGAAGAGCUAAAAGGUGGACCUCAAUCCUCAUCUCUACUAGGUGCUGCUACUGGACCUAAUCCUGGUAAUGAUAACAGUAAUGAGAAUAGAACUGGAGCUAAAGUAGUAUCUGAAAUUGUUAAAAAAGAAUCUGAAAAACCUGAUCACUCUCUAUCUCCUGAACUUCUUCCUAAAGCUGAUAAACCUGCUGAUACUUCUCCCGCUACUACUGUUACUACUCAAGCUGCUACUUCUACUUCCUCUGGUGUUGAAACUGUUGUUCAACCUCCUCAAGGACCUACUGAAGAACCUGAACAAGAACCUACUUACUCUCCUAUUACUGGUCUUGAAGUUGUUGGUGGAGCUACCGGUCUAGGAUAUAUCAUCCCUUCUGUUUUUGGUGGAAGUAGUGCAGUUGGUCUCGCUGGAUGGAAACUUUAUAAUCGCUAUAAAGGAGAUCCCUGGGUUAGGCAGAUUUGA